GCCUCUCUCCAUCUUCAUGCAUAAUCAAUAUUAAAAAAAACCUCUCUUUAAUUAAAACUCUCACAAUUCUUCCCAUAUGUCUCAUUAAUCCGAAUGCACAAAAAUGGAUCUUGCGCGCCACGAACAUCCAAGUUCAGCUCGUUCGCCGCUUCAAAUCGCGACAUCACCGGCUCCGGCGGGCAAGAAGCGAGCCGGGCGGAAGGUGGUGAACGAGACGCGCCACCCCGUCUACAGAGGAGUGCGGCGGAAGAACGGCGGCAAAUGGGUGUGCGAGGUCCGCGACAAGAAAUCGAGAAUAUGGCUGGGGACCUUCCCCACCCCGGAGACGGCGGCCGUUGCCCACGACGUGGCGGCCCUGGCGCUGCACGGCGACCGCACGCCGCUCAACUUCCCGGCCGCCGCCGCGCAGCUCCCCCGCCCCCGGUCGGGCUCCCACCACGAUAUCCAACGGGCGGCCUCUGAGGCCGCCCGGGACUUCUGCACCGUGUGGACGUCCUCAUCAUCUAGGCAUGUCUCACAAGAGACAAAAAUAAUAAUAAAUUCGUCGGAUACAAAUUUGCCCGCCAAAAAGGAUGAUUCCGCGGAACGUAGUUCUGCGGAAUCAUUAGACGAUUGUUGGUCGUGCGAUCAAAGCCCGACGGGCGGAUUCAUGGACGAGGAGGCGGUGUUUAACAUGCCGACGUUGCUAGAUAGCAUGGCGGAGGGGAUGCUUCUCACUCCUUUAGCUAUGAAGAAAGGGUUCAAUUGGAGCCAAUAUGAGGUGGAUGAUGAUGAUGCCAAUGCCAUGGACUUGAGUUUGUGGGUCGACUAGCUACAUAGGUUUAGGGUAAUUAAAUUUGUCCAAUAUUAUCGAGGAUUUGCAAUUUCUUAUAUAUAUGACUUUUAAAACG